CGACGGCUGCUCCGCCUCCUGCCUCUCCACCCGUGCCCGGCCCGGCCCCGCCGCCUCCUCCUUCUCCUCCUCCUCCCAAAGGGCAGCCACAGCGCUCCUGCUUUCCCGACUCUUCGAAACCGCCGCCACCUGUCGGGACCUGCCCACCCCCCGGUAUAAAGUCCCGGGGACGAGCCCUGCCCCCCCGGAGUCGGACCCCCAUGGAGACACUGCUGGGCACAGCGCACGGCCGGAAGCUGGAAGGAACUGGGAACUUGAACUUGAGCCUUCAGGAAGAGAAGGAUGAACAUGGACCAGAGGUCCCCAGAAGUCCUUAUUCCUCGAAAUGAGGGCUCUCCACAUCAAGCCAAUCCUGCCAUGAAUCUUUCGGCUGUCCAGGAGAAUGCAUCUCUGGGACCCGCCAGCCUGGGGCUCCUUCCCAGACGGCGGGAGAGCCCCCAAACCAGCCGAUCUGGUUCCCCACACAACAGAACUGUGAUGAGUGCCCCAGAGCCAGGCCAACCAGAAGGAUUGGAUGAUACAGAGCUACAGAUGAAAAUGGACUUUUUCCGGAAACUAGGCUACUCGUCCGGGGAGAUCCAGGGGGUCCUUCACAAGCUGGGACAUCAGGCUGACACCAAUACUGUCCUGGGCGAGCUGGUGAAACACGGGUCAGCCACCGAGCGGGAAGCCCCACUGGAUGGUCCUACGGAGCCCCCACUGGUGCCCCGAGGUGGAGGGACCCCAAAGGCACCCUCUCCUUGCCCUCCACCCUCUGAAGACAAGGAAGCCAGUAACCUGAGACCAGUGGUUAUUGACGGGAGCAAUGUUGCCAUGAGCCAUGGAAAUAAGGAGGUUUUCUCUUGCCGGGGCAUCUUGCUGGCUGUCAACUGGUUCCUGGAACGUGGCCACUCAGAUAUCACAGUGUUUGUCCCCUUGUGGAGGAAGGAGCAGCCACGUCCUGAUGUGCCCAUCACAGAUCAGCACAUCCUUCGCGAGCUGGAGAAGAAGAAGAUCUUGGUAUUCACGCCGUCCCGGCGCGUGGGGGGGAAGCGGGUCGUGUGCUAUGACGACCGAUUCAUAGUGAAGCUGGCGUUCGAUUCUGACGGCAUCAUCGUCUCCAAUGACACCUACAGGGACCUGCAGUGCGAGCGGUUGGAGUGGAAGAAGUUCAUAGAGGACCGGCUGCUCAUGUACUCUUUCGUCAAUGAUAAGUUCAUGCCACCCGAUGAUCCCCUUGGCCGCCAUGGACCCAGUCUGGAUAACUUCCUCCGGAAGAAACCUCUCAUGCUUGAGCACAAGAAACAGCCCUGCCCCUAUGGCAAGAAGUGUACGUAUGGGAUCAAGUGUCGGUUCUACCACCCAGAAAGGCCGAGCCAGCCCCAGCGCUCGGUGGCAGAUGAGCUCCGAGCCAAUGCCCGGCUCUCCCCACCCCGGGCACCUGCCAAAGACAAGAAAUGCCGCCAGCCUUCACCCACACCCACUCCAGCCCCCGGGUCCCUGCCUGUCAAGAAUGAUCGGGAGCACUGGCUACCGGAGAAGUUCCCAGGGGCCCAGCAGCCUUCCAGAGGCAAUGGGGAUGGGCAGGCGAAGACUUACACCCAAGUCAGGAGCCUGCCGGGCGUGAACUUUGGCCCUACAGACUGGGGGCCCCCUCCCCUAGACUCCCUCUCUUACAUCUCCCAAGACUGCCUCGACUCGGGCAUCGGCUCCCUGGAAAGCCAAAUGUCCGACCUCUGGGGCAGCCGGGGGAAUGGGAGCAGCCACGGGGAGCCUGGGGAGCCUCCUAGAACCGGGGGCAGUGGCAGCAACCCGCAGAGAUGCACCUUCCUAGGCCGAGGUCACCUCCUGCCCUAUGGCCCUGAGCAUCCCCCGAGCCCCUCAUCCCUUUCAUUCUCAGGCUACGGCCGCCCUGUGGGCACUGGGCAGUUCAGCAUCCCAGCGGAGUAUCCUCCACCUCUGGGGUAUGCACCACGAGAGUACUGGUCAGAGCCCUAUCCAAUGCCCCCUCCCACAGCAGCUAGGGCUCCCCCAGCCCUUCGGGAUCCCCACCUACUUAAUUCCCCAGCAGCCUAUGGCGCUGAAGCAGCUUCGUGGGGAGCUGGGACAGAUAGCUUCGCCAAAGAGCGGGCCAGCCUGCGUGUGAAGCUCUGUGGCAUCUUCCCCCCACAUCUGGUGGAGGCUGUGAUGAGACGCUUCCCGCAGCUUCUGGACCCCCAGCAGCUGGCUGCCGAGAUCCUCAGCUACAAAUCUCAGAACCCAAGUGGGUGACCCAGGGAAACUUCCCAAUGGCACUCACAGCCCCUCAAGGAGGGGGUAUGGGCCUGGGGAGGGGGCUGCCUUGGUCCCCCACCGAACCCAGUCUAACUAUGACAGUGCCCCUAGUCUGUCCCUGGAGUUACUGGGACAUUACAAGGACCAGGCUCGUUUUUAACAACUCCCCUUUUCUUGGCACAGGAACCCUGUGGGUUCCUGAGCAUCCCUGAGGGAGAAUCUUACAGCAAGAAAGGGAUCCCCGAAACCAAAGAAAUACUGUAACAAUUGAUUCUGGUCUUGGACUAACGAAGACUAUCUGCCUCUGACUUUCUCACUUCCGUCUCUGUUCCAUAUACCUCUUUCUUCCCCUGUCAUUCUUUCCUCUGACUUUCAGAGCUAUCUCAUUCUCUUAACUCCCCUGUUUUUCCACCUCUCAUCUACUAUUCUAGGUCUCCGUCUCUCAUAUCUCUGGAUCUCAGUCUCCGUUCAAGACCAGAAGCGAUUGCCCUGUUGGUACACAUUGUAUCAGAGUUUAAUGAUGAGACAAUAAUAUUUGUCCUGUGGCUAAUGCCCCAAGCCCUCUUUCUUCCGAGGACAGGAGGGAGGGGAGGAGAAGCCAGGGAGGGAAGGAGUCCAUCUCCCUCCUCAGCAUCUCUGACUCCCUCUCUCCAGGCUCUGUCCUUAGGAUAACAGCCUCUCACUGGCUGGUUGGGCACCGUGUGCCCUCCGAGGCCCCGGCCAGGGCCCCCCAACCAUGUACGCCAAUGAUGCCCCAGGGCCGGCGAGGUUUCAUGUUAGUAGUUAAGAUGGUUUUUAAGAAUCUCUCUCUCUCCUUGUACCUGCUGUGGCUACCAUGUCUGCUUUUAAUUUGCCUCUCUUAAGUGUAUUUUUUUUUCUCCCAGACCCCUGAGAAUCUGGGACAGGGACAGCAGAGACUCAGGACCCCCAAUAGUCCCUGAUAGGACUAUGCCCAGAGGGUAUAUCAGUGCUGCAUGCAAGUCAGGAGCCUCAGACAGGUAUCUCUGACCUCCAUUAAGAGGCCUGUCUGUGCAGGGGAUGUGGGGGAGAUGCGGGUUUAUGGAAAGGUAUAUUUUAGAUAAGAGUGGUUGCUUUCUGCUAUAUUACUAAUAAAAUUUUGACUUUA